GUUUGCUUUGAUUAUUUAUCACAGGUUCGAAGAGAUCGAAGCAUCUGACAUGGAUCAAUGUGUUCAAGCACUUAAAAGGGUGGGGGCUAAAGACUUGAUGAACUUAGAAGAUCGAAUAUGUCUUCCUAUUUCUGUGAAACAGUUCCCUGAUGAUAAACAAGAAGAGGGACAUUGUAGUGAAGAAGAAGUCAAGUUUAUUCAUAGCCUUGUGCUGUAUAAGGAUCCAGCUAUUGUCGUCUUCAAUAAACCCCCUGGAUUGCCUGUUCAGGGUGGUAUUGGAAUCAAAAGGAGUUUACAUGAACUGGCUGCCACUUGUUUAAGUUACAGCUUUUCAGAACCCCCUCGUCUGGUGAGUUUGUGUAACUUCUAACUUAAGCAG